AUGCCUGACUUUACGGACAACCUGAAGCCCGCGUCGCCGGACGGCACCACAAUUCUCAGCCAGGAACGAUCACAGUCCAACGUACCAGAAGACGAACUAGCGAAGCACCUACUCUCACGCAAUGACUUCCUCGGCCGCCAGCAGCGAAUACUGCAGGUCCUGGAGAAGGACCCGUUGUUCAACAAGUCCAAACAGAUGAAUUUGUCUCGGCCUGAACGGUACCAGCUUGGCCUUGCUCGAGCAAAGAAGCUCAGGCGCUACCAGGAUCAGUAUCGUUGGGACGAAGAGGAUGUCAGCAUGUCGCAGUACUUGUGCGACGAUGUGAGCCCGUACAUGGUGCACUAUACCAUGUUUGUCACGACUGUAAGGGAGCAGGGGAGCGAUGAGCAGAAGGCGUACUGGAUGCCGAGGAUUGAGCGGAUGGAGGCUAUUGGGUGUUACGCUCAGACUGAACUUGGACAUGGAUCGAAUGUGCGCGGCUUGGAAUGCCAGGCUAGAUGGGAUCCUCAAGCACAAGAGUUCAUUCUCCACAGCCCGACGUUGACAGCCAGCAAAUGGUGGAACGGAACAAUGGGCAGGACAGCCAACCAUGCCAUUGUGAUGGCUCAGCUUCUCCUACCAAAGUCGCAAGGCUCCAGCGAAUACGUCAGCAAGGGUCCGCAUCCAUUCAUAGUACAGAUUCGCGACAUGAAGACCCAUCUACCUCUACCCGGAAUCGCAGUUGGCGACAUUGGUCCGAAGUACGGCUACGCGCCCAUGGACAACGGCUACCUACUAUUCGACCAGCACAGGAUACCGCAUUCCGCAAUGCUCUCGAGGUACUCGAUGGUCGACAAGAACAACGGAACCUACUUCCAGCCCAAGAACGCCGCUGUAGUGUAUGGCAGCUUGACAUACGUGCGAGCUCAAAUCAUCAUGCACGCACGACUCAUCAUGGCUCGCGCUGUUACGAUCGCUGUACGAUAUACUUGCGUUCGCAGACAGUUCUCAGACCGAGACAGCAAUGACCCAAAGGCUCCGGAGCUAGCAGUUCUCGACUACCCUACGGUCCAGAUACGGAUCUUGCCACUUCUCGCGACCGCAUUUGCACUUCACUACACCGGAGAAGCAAUGCACAGGCUCUACGAGACUACGCGGGCACAGAUUGACAAGGGCGACUUCAGCAGAAUGGCGGUGCUACACGCACAAUCUUCAGGGCUGAAGAGCUUGUGUACAGAACUGGCCGCCAACAGCAUCGAGACCUGUCGGCGGGCUAUGGGAGGCCAUGGCUUUGGAGGUGGAAGUGGCUACAUACAGCUCAACAACGACUACCUUUCCAAGCCGACGGUUGAAGGAGACAACUGGAUGAUCACGCAGCAAACAGCAAGCUACCUCAUCAAGAGAAUGCAAGCUGCAGUGUCUGGGAAGGACAAGCCGCAGGACGAGAUCGAGGAGCAUUGCCGUCAGUACCUCAGCGAGCGAAAGAGCCACAGGCCAGAUCAGCUCCGCAUCUUCGACAAGGACGAGGACAUUGUCGAAGCCUUCCGCAGGCGAUCUCGGGACCAGACGUACCGAGCGCACAUCGAAAGGAACGAGCGCAAGCGUAGCUGGAAUAGCUUGUUGAUUCAGCUGCGGAAGGUCAGCCAUUCGGAGUCGCAGUCAAUCCUCGUGGCCAAUUUCUACGACGCUUUGAACAGCAAAGACGCCUCGGUGUCGCCAACACUUCGAGCUCACCUGUCCACUCUCUUCCGACUGUUCGCCUUCUACACCAUGGACAACGAAGCUCGCGACUUUUCCAAAGCAAACGCUGUGUCCGAGCAAGACCUUGACGCUCUGCCUUCAAAGAUCCAGGAACUCAUGGCGCAGAUCCGACCACACGCCGUCAAGCUCGUUGACUCCUGGAAAGUGCCGGACUUCCUGCUCGACUCUGCAUUGGGCCGGUAUGACGGCAAGGUCUACGAGGACCUCUUCAACCGUGCCCACAGGCUCAACCCUCUUAACGAGAUCACUUUCAACCCGCACUACAAGAGCGAGGAGAUCGUGAUGGGCGGCGGUGACGAUCUGAAGAAGAUACUGGCGAAGCUGUAG